CUUCCUAUUGGAGACGGCUCUAUCGUUCAUUCUUUGGCCUGGAGUUUUGUUAAGUACUGAGUUGCUUUAUGGAAAAAUGUUGUUCUUUUUUAGGAUGAAACUGCUCUGUGUAGACUUGUCUGUGGUUAUCAGGCUGUAGAAUCAUUAACUUGAUACAGAGGGAGCCAAAUCGGCAACUCAGAUUUUCAAGAGAAUUGUGAAAAGGAACGGAUUCUCUCUGCAUGGGACUGCUAAACUCACAAAGGAUUUUACGACAAAGUUGCAGAUGCUGAGUGUUAAAGAAACGUUCCAGAUAUUUUCAUUUGUUUUGUUUUGCUAGUUUUAAAGGAAUGUCCAAAGAAAACGAGAGGAAACACCCACACCACACCUGCAGCGCGUGGCUGGAAGAGACGGCAGAGUUCUUUUGUCUUUAGAAUGAAGUUGAAAAAGCAAUUCCCCGGCUUGUCAGUGGAAUUUUGCAAGGGAUGACCACUUGAACUGUGUCUGGAACAAAACUCAGUACUUCACAUGCUCAGUGAGCUGCUGUGAUACCCCAGAACCUCUGCUAAGCAUUGAGAAGCCAAACAAGUGAAGGACCGUCUCCUGCAAUCGGACAAAAUGCUUCAGAGACGUUAUCUUCAUCCUUAUACCAAAACGUACUCUGAAGUCUGAAGAGCGCACAUCCUAAGAUGUCCAUAGGGGCUGGAGAGAUGGCUGAGAAGUUAAGGGAACUCUUCCUGAGGACUUGGUUCAAAUCCAGCACCCACAUGGCAACUCACAACUGUCUGUAACUCCAAGAUUUGACACUCUCAUAUAGACACAGAUGCAGGCAAAGCACCAAUGCACAUAAAAUAAGAGGACAAUGUGUAUGAGACUAUGCAGGAGUCCCAGGAGACCCACAUGUCCAGCCAUCUAGAUGAAGUCAUUGCUGCUGUCAGCGUCACUUCUAAAAACAGGAUCCCGAAUAAGCUGCUUCAGACAGCACUGUUCCAGCCUCCUCGAGAGAAACUCCACCUGUGUGAAGAGAGAGCAAAGUCCUACUCAAGCAGCCGAGAGUACAAACAGGCCAUCCAGGAGCUUGUGCGCUGUGUGGCACUAACGAGAAUUUGCUAUGGCGACUCGCACUGGAAACUAGCAGAGGCGUACAUUAAUCUGGCUCAGGGUUACCUCCAGCUGAAAGGGUUGUCGCUACAAGCAAAGCAUCAUGCAGAAAAAGCCAAAGAAAUCCUGGCCAACUCCAUCGAGAAUCCCUAUCACAACAAAACAGAUAUCUUCAAGUGUUCCCUAGAGCUUUUCUACACCCUGGGGAGAGCCUUGGUCUCCCUUCAAAAAUUUAAAGAAGCCUCAGAGAACUUGAUAAAAGCAGAGAGACUUUCCAAGGAGAUGCUGCAAUGUGGGAACAUUAUACAGGAAGAGUGGAUAGAAAUCCAGUCUCGGAUCAAGCUGUCGUUUGCACAGUUGUAUCAAGGUCAGAAAAGAUCAAAGGAAGCUUUCCCGUAUUAUCAAAAGGCUUUGGAAUAUACUGAGAUCACCAAAGAUGAAAAAAGUUUUGAGUGUGUACAAGUACUAAGGGAACUAGCAGGUGUGGAGCAAGCCCUGGGUCUCUACGCCGCCGCCAUCAGUCAUUUCUCACGGGCACAUCUCAUCAUCCUGAGUAAAGAUCCCUCCCCAGAGGAGGCUGCAGACUCUGCACACUUUAUCGCCCGGGCUGCUGCUGCUUCUGGAAUGCACGACCACCGUGAUGUGGCCGAGAAAUAUUUUCAGGAAAGCAUGACUUAUAUCAAGGAUUCCGAAGGAGCAGAAAGAGCCAAGCUCCUUUCGAUUCAAGAUGAAUUUUGCAGUUUUCUGCAAACCACUGGACAAAAAGAAAGAGCAGCCAUGAUCCUGAGAGAGUCCCUGGAAGCCAAAGUAGGAGCAUUUGGUGAUUUCAGUCCUGAGGUGGCAGAGACAUACCGGGUCCUGGGCAAGGCAGACCUGGCACAGGGAAACAACAGUGGGGCACACGCGAAGCUAAAGAAGGGAAUUAGGGGCCAGGGAGAAGACACUUCAAUCACCAAAGAGUGUGUCCAGAUUGAGACAUUCUUGUAUGGAUCACAGGACAAGAAGACCCUGGCCACCCAGCACACCAUAGACACACUGUCCAAGACCUCCGAGGCCCCCACGAAGUCAAAGCAGUCGGUGAAAGCCAAAGUAGCAUUCUGCACCAGUGCCCCUCAGCACGCAAUGCCAGGGAAGGGCAGGCACAGUGUAGCAGACUGACGCCCCCGUGUGCCGCCCCCAAGAAAGCUCCAAGAACGACUGGGCAUUGCUUUUAGGAUGCUGAACGCGCCUCUCCAGCUUGAAGGUGGAGUUUAGCAGUCACUGCAGACUUUUAAGGCUGUUUGCUUCAGAAUGCAAUGGCAGCGCCAUGAAUCUUCCGCCUCCCGAUCGUGAAUGCCCGGCGGGGUGAUAGGGUGCUUUUGGUUAUUUUCUCUCACCAAGGAGAAUCUACUGUGUCACCUCUGCUGUGGCUGAAACACUCUUCCGAAGUUGGAGCUUCUCGACAGGAAAGGAGACUCACCUGAUGGCAGGCAGGGCUCCUGCUCGAUCCAGAGCCACAUCUGGGGCAGUGAGACCCUGCACAAAGCCUCCCUUGUAUGAAAGUAAUAGUAACUGAGAAGAAAAUACCAAUAAAGAGAAACUUGUGCGA